GCUCUUUCAAACUCUUGUUGUCCACGCAGUGAUCCAAAAUUCCUGACCCUUUCUACUCACGGUUUCUCCUCAAGAAUUAGAAGAAACCCCCUCGUCGAGAACAAUCAUCUCUCAGUUGCGGGGGACGAUGAUGUUUCCCAUGUUGGAGAUUGCGAUGGGCCUAGCGGCUCUUAUUGUUUUUGCAGUUUUCCAUUGGAAGCUAAAAUGGAGAAACCGUUCUAACAUUGGGAAGCUUCCUCCAGGCUCCAUGGGGUUGCCAUACAUAGGAGAGACGAUCCAGUUCUUCAUUCCUAGCAGAUCCAGAGACAUGCCUCCUUUCAUAAAGAAGAGAGUUAAAAAGUAUGGAACCUUGUUUAAAACAAGCUUGGCUGGUCGUCCUGUGGUGGUAUCGUCAGAUCCAGAGUUCAAUAAAUUUGUUCUUCUCCAGGAAGGAAAGUCCGUGGAGACAUGGUACUUGGACUCCUUUUCUAAGCUUGUGGGUCAUGAUACGCAAGACUUGGAAGUCAAGACUAAUGCAACCGGGUACAUCCACAAACACCUCCGAUAUUUGAUCUUAAAUCACAUGGGUUCUGAGAGCCUCAAAAAGAUGAUAUUCAAGUUUACGUCAAAGCUUCUCCUAGGUUAUGAUGCUGAAAAUUCAGGAAAAAAUGUUACGGAGGAUUUCCACACUCUCAUGGAUGGCCUCAUGUCCCUUCCGAUAAACAUUCCAGGCACUGCUUUUCACAAGAGCUUAAAGAGCCAAGAGAAGCUGCUGAAUAUGAUUCGACGGAAGAUCGCCGAGAGAAUGGCUGCACCGGCAGAUGCAAGCCAUACCUACCACUGUAGUCAUGGCCCUUAUACUUCUUACAGAGAACCUAAAGUGCUUCAAGAGCUGAUUAAGGAAAAUCAGGAAGCCCUUCAUAAUAGAAGGAUUUCGGGCGCAGAAGGAAUAACGUGGGAGGAAUAUAAAUCAAUGCCAUACACUCUGCAUGUGGUCAAUGAAUCACUCAGAUUGGCCAGCAAUAUCCCCGGUGUUAUGAGAAGAGCAAUUAAAGACAUUGAAUGGAAUGGAUAUGUAAUUCCGAAAGGUUGGACCAUUGUCCUUAGUCAAGUGGGGCUACACCUAAACCCGGAAGUGUAUGAAGAUCCCCUAGCCUUUAAUCCAUCUCGAUGGGAGCAAAUGGAUAGAGCAAACGUCGUGGGAAGAUAUUAUAUACCCUUUGGUGGGGGAGGGAGGCCAUGUGCUGGAGCUGAAUUCACCAGAGCUUUCUGUGCAGUAUUUCUCCAAGUUUUCGUGACCAAAUACCGGUGGACAAAGGUGAGGGGAGGAGAAAUCAUUCGCACUCCUUUUAAAGAUUGGAGGUGGUUUUGA